AUGACUGCCUCCGUGGAUUCAACUUUGUCAAACGCUGUGACACGCUGUAUUAAGCGCACUAUCGAGGCCCUCAGCUCGGCUGCCGACGAGCACGGUGAGGUGAAGGAAGACACCACUCUGCAGAAAGCGUUUCACGAAGCUGGCCAAACUCUUCCUCUUAUUCAGCAAGCACUUGAAGAAUCCCGAGCCGAACUCCAGGGAGUGACCCAGAAGACUCUGGAGUCGCUGCAAGAGUGCUAUGCCAAAGCCGAUAUCUGCAAGGCUAUCUUCCUGGCUGUCGCUGGUGCGCAGCCUGAGAAAAGGCAGGAAGCCUACAAGGAGGCCGUUCAAAAGAGAAGCAAAGGAAGGACAGUUGAACAGUUGGUAAUCGGGAUUGCAACUGAUGUUUGCGGACUGGGCGAGAUACUCGCCAUCCAGAAGCAUGUUGAGGGACUACGUGGUGCCAUCGACCGCCUCAGCAACAUGGAGCCGUCCCUGCCGAAGGCAAAGACUGACGGCGUCUUCAAUCACUAUGGCUCCGGCGACCAACUCAACGCUCCUGGCGGUACCGUGAACAAGAGCACAGGCAGUGGCAAUCACUUUCCUGGGGGUUCUUUCUUUGGAUCUAUGACUUUUGGCAAUAAUCCGUCUUGA